AUGAGAAUUGUAAAAGAUAAGCAAAAGAAAAAACAAAAUCAUAUUGAAAAACUUAAUGAAAUGAAGAGUGAAAUGAAGAAUUAUAAAUAUCAGUUGAUUGUUCAAAAUGAAAGAUUACCAUCUAAUGAUAUUAAGAGAUUAAGAGAAAAUAAAGAAAUUAAAGUUUAUUUUAUAAAGAAAAGUAUAUUAGAUCGUGAAUUUAAGUAUAAUUUAAAGAAGUUUAAAGAUGUUUUAAUUAUUCUUUCAAAUACUGAAAGCAUAGAUUUUACUUUCAAAGAUUUUAUUCGUGUUGAGGAGAUUUCACCAGUAAAAGUUGUAAAUGAAAAUAAAAAAGAAGUUAAAGGUGAGUUUAGUGAAUUCAACAAUAUUAUUGAGGAAUCUGGAAGUAGAAAGUUUAUUAAAGAAAAUUCAAUUAUUUGUGAAGAGGGGGAGAAAGUUAGAGAUUUGCAAGUUAAAAUGUUAAAAACACUCAACAUGAAGAUUUUUGAUCGUAAUUUAAAAGUUUUAAAAACAAUCAAAAAUAAAGUUUAA